AUGGAUGAGAUCAAGGCGGCCUUUGAUUCGAGUAUCAUAUCACAGAGCAAGAAACCCUCGAAUAAACAAAGGACGCAAAACCGCAGCCGCAAGACAAGGGAUGUCGAUGAUUUACGAGACCCGGACCGCCAGCCCAUGCACCUUGCCACUCGGAUCCAGGGUGUUUGUGUCAAACCCGUGUUACGUUUGGCGGGCAGGGAUGUGGACCUGAAUGCCCUGCACGGGGGCGAGGAACAAGAAGUUGAUGGGGCAGAGGAUGAUGCGCAGAUGCUUGAAAUUGCUAUCAAUCAGAAAGUUGCCAACAUCUAUGAGCAGUUCUGCUUUGACGUCAUCGAAAAGGCUCCUAACAGGAAAUCCAAGCAGGCCGGUUCAUACCUUUCCAUUCCUGUCCACAGGCGCAUCGACCUCGCACGUCCAGAGUUGCUGAUGACCCCUGCUCUCCCCUUCCAACAAGCGCAAUACUACAGAUGCUCGACAGAGCAGUGGGAGAAACACUUUAACCGCAUUUUCCCCAUGCCCUCCUCCACUGAGGCUACGCAAAAUGCUAGUGGUCAAAACUUCCCCAAUUGCACCUACUACCAGCGUUACAUGGCUCUUAUCGAUACUCUACAACCCCCAUCUCUGAAGAAGACCAGAGGCGCGCUCAAGGUAGAAUUUGACAAGCUUGCAUGGGUGCCGUACACAUGUGCAGACCGUAUGUGGGCAACAGGUGCCAAGCAUACCAAAGGAUGGACUACGCUUCCUGGCGAAGCAAAAGGAGGCCCAAUGAUCGCCAUCAACCCUCGCCAGAGGCAAAAAGUCACCCUGCUCAUGUUUGAUCGGUCUGGUGAAGAAGAUGCGACCGACUCGGAGGAGGAUUGA